AUGACCAACUUGAUGCUAGAGCGUCAUUCAGGUGGAGCUCAUUCAGUGGCUUUCUCUCCUGAUGGGCUUACCCUAGCAACGGGCUUAAUUGAUGAUACCAUUAGGUUGUGGGAUUUGGCAACCGGCACGCAGCGACAGAUGUUAGAGGGCCACUCGGGAUGGGUUGAUUCCCUGGCAUUCUCCCCCGAUGGGCUCACAUUAGCAUCAGGCUCAAAAGAUUGGACCAUCAAGAUUUGGGAAAUGGUGACUGGCACAGUAACGCAUCAGCAUUUGCUAAAGGGCCAGGAACAUUCAAGUCGGGUCAAUUCAUUGGCCCUCUCCCCUGAUGGGCUCACUCUAGCUUCGGGCUCAAGUGACUGUACUGUUAAACUUUGGGAUACAAAGACGAGCACGGCGACGCUGCUACAGACGCUAGAAGGCCAUUCAGACUGGGUUACAUCUGUGGCUUUUUCUCAUAAUGGGCUAAAUCUAGCAUCAGGGUCGACUGAUAGCACCAUCAGGCUCUGGGACACAGUGAUUGGCACGCAGCGGCAGACGCUAGAGGGCCAUUCUGAUUCUGUCGUUUCGGUGGCCUUCUCUCCCAAUGGGCUUGACCUAGUAUCGUGCUCAGGUGAUGGGACCAUUAAGCUCUGGGACACGGCAACCGGCAUGCAGCGGGAGACACGGCAUGGCUAUCCUGAUCCUGUCACCUCGAAAGCCGCUUCGAUGGCAAUUAACCUCGAUGGACUCAUGCCAGCUCUCGAAAAUGCCCCUACAGACUCUCAGAUAUAUCUAUGGAAAGAUUGGUUUUGUUUGGGAUGUGAGAAUCUACUGUGGCUUCCUGUUGAGUAUCGCUCUUUUACGUGCCUGGCCGCCAAGGAUGCCACAAUUGCACUUGGGUAUGAGGACGGGCGGGUCUUGGUAUUCGGGUUCCAUGCGCACACGGUAUAA